UUGGGUCCCCAAUGCUAUAAAUCCCCAAUCUGAAUGGUGCUCAAGUUCUAUUGAAAGGCCACACCAACUUUUUGAUGCUAUGCCAAGUCUGCAAGGGAGAGUUCUUUUAGUCAGAAUUCUUAAUGCCAUGUAUCCGGUGACGUUAGACAUGCUUAAUCAUGUCUUCUCACUUUAUGGAUCAGUGGAGAAGAUUGUAUAUGCAUCGACUGCACAUCAAGUUCUGAUUCAGUACCAACAACAUCAAAUGGCCAGCCUAGCUUUAAGAUUACUACAGGGGCAUUCUCUUUAUCAGUCAUGUUGCUAUCUAGAAGUCAAAUACGCACUAGGAAGUGAGCUGCAAGUUCUCUGUCCCUCCCUUGGCGUUGGUAAUAUUUUUGCAUGUGAGAGCACAGAGCAUGACACAUCUACUAUGCCCAAUCAACGAGUAAUUGAACAGUCCGCACCAAUGCAAAUUCUUGAUGAAUUACCUUCAAGCCAUGGUCCUAAAGUGGCAGUUAAGCUGUGCAAGUCAGAAGUAGUUCAGGCAGCUACAAUGGUGAGCCAAGGCAGUCCAGCUUCUUCAACACCGCUACUCAUGCAUGUUGACGACAUGCAAGUGUCGAUCAGUGUGCAAGAUGUUCCUGGCAUGUUUGAAGAAAUGCCAGUAUAUGAUGUGUAUGAGGAAGAUAGAAGCGCUUCCCUGACUUUUGUCAGUGAGUUGUGUGAAAUUGUUGGUCAGCAAAAUCAAUAUGCUAGUGAGAAGCCCAUCUAUGAUUGUGAGGAACCCCAUUGUGGUGCAAAAUCAUCCUCAGGGGAAUCUGAUCAUGGACUGCUUGCAGUGUGUUUCAAUAACGCUUCAGAUAACGCAUUCAGUCACGAGGCUACAGAUUUUACAUUUCCAAUUGGUCAUGUUAUACAUGCUGACCGGUCCGUCAAUCUCACAAACGAAAAGAGCAUCCAGGCUGCCUCUUCACUGUUUGUUCAAGGAACAACCGUGCACUACACUGAUGAGAGCUCUGAGAUAAAUUUCAAGAAGCAAGAUAUGCUCAUCAACAAGCAUGGCAUCCCUGGCAGUAACCCGGAUCUUUCAUUUCUCAAGUGUGGCAUAUCUCCAUGUCAACAUCAUUGCGAUCUAAACAAUGACAAGGAAGGGUUGCCUUGGGAUCUAAGAAGUGUUAGGAGUACAACAAGAUGCAGCGUCAGCUGUUUGAUGUUCAGUUUACGUGUAGCAUAUCCUAUAUUACCUUCUACAUGGGAUCCUGGGAUACAAUGGUUCUCAUAUAAAAAGCUGCACUUUUUUCCUCUGAUUCCAUGUCCUCUACACAAUAUGAACAUUUCUUCUAUGUGGGAGCUCUCACUCGAGAAAGGAAAACAGGUGCAAUGGGAUCCAGGUAUCAAACUCUUCUUAUAUGAGCUCUUGCGGUUGGAGACCUUGAGUAAAGAGACUGAAUAUGCAAUGCGGCUUUUAUUGGUUGUGAAGUAUGAUACUCAAAUUGAUACCACUGCCAAUAUGUGUUGUUCCCCUACAUAUCUACUUCAGCAAAAAAGCAACAUUGCAGCAGUGCUUCAUUUUUGGAGAUCAAUAUUCGAUGGUAUUCCCUAUUGCCAGAUUUUUCAGAGAUACACUGCAAUGAGUUUACUAUUUCAUUGUCAUGGAAUUCCUCUUUGGCUGAUCCAUUUUCAAGUUCCUUAACAUGAAGAAAGUUUCUGUAGAAACUUGUUUAUCCAUUACUGAGCAAUGGUCUGAAGAAGGGAGGAAUGUCAGGGAAUGGUAUUGGUAGGUAAUAUGGGGUUACUAGUGGCUAUUAGUGUGUGAGGGCAGUAUUGGUAUUUCAACUAGUCCAUCAUCUUGUACCUAGCCUCACUCCAUAUAAGGCUAUCUGUGUAUCCUGUGAAAGCAAUCAAGAAAUCAAAUACCAAAUUUAUCUAGUACCAGUUCUUA